AUGGUCAUCCCUGCUAAGAAAUAUUUUCCUGCUACAGUCUCUUGCCAAGUCCACAAAACUGCCUCUGUGAUUAAGAAUAAGUUGACAAGAAAACAUAUGAGGCUUUAUAGGAAAACGACCUUUGAUCCACUGUUGGAUACAGAUCUUGUUUUUAAUGGACAACUUUUGCACCAUUUUCUGUUAAGGGAGGUAGCGGAUGCAAACCCAGACGUUAUAUCAUUCAACAUUCUAGGGAAGAAGCCGACUAGGGAAACAGUAGAAAGGGAAACAAGCGGUGAAAGGUUGCGAGAACUCAUUCUUGGACCGAAUGACCCAAAUGAAAAGGAUAGUUCUUGCAAGGAUGUGGAGACCGCAUUUGAUAAGUUCAAUUUUACUAAUGACGAAGAUGCUGUCAAGAUUGCAUUUUCACUAUUCAUUGAAAUGGUGAUGAUUGGAAAAGACAAGAAAACCCAAUUCGAUGUGAAUAUAUUUGGGAUUGUCGAUGACCAUGAAGUCUUUGUACAUUGCGACUAG